AUGCUGGAACGCGGAACGCUAACGUUGCUCGGGCUGCUCGUGAUCGCGUCGUCAGCUGAUCGAUGGCUGGUGCAGGCAUUUCGCAAGUCGUUUGAAGAGCUCAGUGUGCACACAAUUCCGGACUCCGGUUCACUAGAAGAUUGUUCUCUCCGGCUUCAGAAACUAGCGAACGAUGACCCCCCGGCAACGCCAUCGGAGGAAUUUCCCUCGUUCUCGCGAGAGUUCGCUCACCUGGCGGCGCUGGGAUGGAAAUCGGCUUCCAGUGGUGAAAUCGAGUGGCGUUGCAGUGGAAGUUUGAUUGCGGAAGACUUUAUCCUCACCGCGGCGCAUUGCACCAAGGAUGAAGGAGUCGAACCCACCGUCGUCCGGGUGGGUGAUCUAGAUCUGUACAGCACGAAGGACGAUCGUUACGUGCAGCAGAUCGAAAUUGCGGAGAUUAUCCGCCAUCCGGAGUUUAACUUUAACAGCGCGUACCACGACAUUGCGCUGCUGCGACUGAAGAAAUCCGUGACUGUCACCGACUUCGUGACGCCGGCCUGCCUCUACACCAACGACUCGCUGACGUUCGACAAGCUGCACGCGACGGGAUGGGAUUUUUAUGCCGAAGUGUCUCCACCGAUCGUAAGCACCCCGCUGAAUCCGAUCAAUCAGGAUCGGUGCAAGUUCUGGUACCGCGAUAACAAGGAAGCGUUCCGGAAGGGCAUCAACCGUAUGCUGAUGUGCGCCGGUGACGAGCAGCUCAAGAGUUGCCCAAGCGAUACGGGCGGCCCGCUGCAGGUGACGUUGCUGUCGAGCUCGCGCUACACACCGUUCGUCGUCGGCGUGUCGGCCCUUGGCGUUCCGUGUGGCGCAACGACGCCCGGCGUGUACGCGAAGGUACCGCACUACAUCCUGUGGAUCGAGGCCGUCACGAAGCGCGCGUUCCAUCCACCGGAGUGCGUCGUACGCUACAUCUCCAAGCGCGAAGUCGAUUCCUCACUGGUCGCCAGGGAGCUGCGGACCACUGCCCAGGAGACCCAUCUGACCGGCAAGAGAAGCACGCUGGCGGCAAAUCCUUUGCGUGCUAAAUUGCACGUAUUCAAAGAAUUUAAGUGUGCGGUCGGGAAGGAGGGGGAAAAUGUGGAGUGGCUUUGCGGUUGCACAAUUGUUGCACAGGACUUUGCCCUGACGUCCGCCCGGUGCGUCAAGGAUGUAGACGUCGAUGUGGUGAACUAUCGCAACGACUGGAAGAAGAUAGAGGAAGUAAUCUUCCACCCGGAGUACGACAAGAAGACGCUCUACAACGAUCUGGCACUGAUUCGGCUGCAAACCGACAACCGCAAUCGGUACGACUGGAAGGCGGUCUCCUGUGUGGCUGCUCCGAACGAUGACGAUCAAAGGCAGUAUCUUUCCUUCGGGAUCGGACCGUACAACCUGAACGACGACGGCCGGACCGACGGCAACGCGGACGCCACGGAGCGCUACCUUACGGCCACGCUGCAGCUGGUGGAGAACGCUAACUGCACCGCGUCCUACGCCGGCUACGGUAUCCUGAAGAGCGGGCUCAACGAGACGCAGUUCUGCCUCGGCUCGGGCGGUGACCACCUGGUGCCGGGUGCCUGCGAACCCUGGAAUGGGAACGAGGUGCUGAACGAAAUCCGACCGCCGGUGGCCGCGGGUGGGCCAGGUGCGCACAACCCCUUCCCCGAGGACCUCAUCGGCGUGAGCUCGUACGCCCCGGAUUGCGGGUUCGGGCGCCGUCCGCUGGUCGCGUCCCGCGCCAUCGCCUUCCUCGACUGGAUGAACGUGGCCAUCUACAAGACGGUGGACGUGUACAGCGUCCCGCAGCAGCUGAUGGACAAGGAGCUCGCGCUGGACUACAUCUGCGAGGGGGCCGACCGGGAGGCGGGUGUAUGCACCCACAUCGACUACUGCUCGCACCGGGCGCUGGCCGACGUGACGACGGUGAAGGUGUGCACCAACGAGACGGCGCUCAUCGUGUGCUGCCCGGUGAACUCGUUCAUCGCGACCGCGCACCUCCCGCUGCUGACCGAGUGCGAGACGAACUACCAGCGGUUCCGGAAGAAGUACGCCGACUUCGCGGCCAGCGCGGAAGGCGGCCCGGGUGACCACCCGCACGCGGUCAUGGUCGGGUGGAAAGUCAACAAGACGGCCACGGCCUGGCACUGCCUCGGCACGCUCAUCAACCUGAACACCGUGCUCACGACGGCCGGUUGCGCCAACAGUGUGCGAAGACGCAGCCCGGAUGUGAUCAGCGCCGGGGAGACGGACGUGGCGCGGAUCCCUGACGGCGAGGCGGAGAUAAUACGCGUGAAGGAAACGAUCCGCUACCCGAGCUACAACGCCAAAACGCACGACAAUGACAUCGCGGUGCUGAAGCUGGAGUCGGAUGUGUUUGUAAACGAAAAUGCAAUUCCGGCUUGUUUGUGGCGCGAUUUGAACCGAACACCGUACUACGGCCAGGAGGUGCACUUCGACGGGCAGGCGGUAAGCGCGCGGGACAAAAAUGUGGUGCACAACCGGGACUGCAAGCUGUUCACUUCGCAUACCGAGCUCACCAUCGAUCAGCUGUGCUGGCAGGAGUUCCGGCUCCGUUCGGACGGCACCGACGCGCCCAACUGCGGCCGCAAAGGCGAUCCGCUUAUUACGCUGCAGCGGACCAACAACAUCUACCUGCCAUACCUGGUCGGUCUGUACAGCCACGACCGCCAGUGUGCCGGCGGCGAGCCGAUCGUCGCCACACGCAUUUCGUCCUACAUCAAUUGGAUUAGUCUCUACAUGUAG